GGUGGUACUCCAUCUUAACUUGCUCCAAGUUCGCCCUUCACUUCCUUGCUGAACAGAGGAUCGUUUGACUUUUCUGAUAGAAUACAAUGUCACAAGAGGAACAAGUACCGUCAGUGGAUCAAAUUGAUGAUGAAGAACCAGAGCAGACUCCUGGCUACAAGCCUCCAGCUCAAAAAACACUCGAUGAAAUCUCAAAACUCGAUGCUGACGACGAGUCGUUAGUCAGAUACAAGCAGGCCCUUCUUGGCGAUGCGAAUAUUAGCAAAGGUGAGGGUCCAAAUGUAGUGGUUGAGAAACUAUCCAUUGUAGUCGAUGGUCGCGAAGAUGUGGAAAUCGACCUGACUGGUGAUCUGAGCAAAUUAAAGGAUAGGUCUAUAACAAUAAAGGAGGGAACAGCGUAUAGAUUGAAAAUAACGUUUAAGAUAAACCAUGAGAUUGUUGCUGGAUUAAAAUUUUUUCAACUUCUCUAUAGGAAAGGCAUAAGAGUUGAUAAAACAAGCUUAAUGGUGGGUAGCUAUGGUCCAAAACCCGAGUCACAAACAUUUCUAGCACCUCCAGACGAAGCCCCUUCAGGCAUGCUUGCAAGAGGGCACUAUACAGCAAAAAGCAAGUUCACAGAUGAUGAUAAAAACUCCGUUCUUGAGUGGGAAUGGUCAUUUGACAUUAAGAAAGAUUGGGAUUAAUUUGCUUUCUACUUUUGAUAACAUUAAAAAACUAAACCUUAAAAUCACCAUCAUAUUUUUUUUGUGAAUGAUCUGAGCUGCAGUKAAUCCAUUAAACAUUUUAAAAGUUCUUCUAUCUCAAUUUCAACUCUAAUGAAUUGAUGUGAAUGUAGACGCAUAGGAUUUGAUCCGUUUACUGCUGAAUAACUAAAUUUCAUAAAAUUAAAAUAGCCUUUUGUCAUUACC